AGUUUUUAAUUUUUGUUUCUUAUUAAAAUCAAAACUAAACCGCCAAAAUCAAUCCCUCUAGUUUCUUCUCUUAAAAUGCUAAAAAUGGAACAGCAAGCGACACUGAUAAUCAUCUAUUGCUUAGUGAUCAGUUGUUAUUUAAUCGCAGAAAAGGUGAACGGAAUAGAGAUUUUAUCAAAAUCAAAGCUCGACAAAUGCGAGAAGAACUCCGGUUCCGAUUCUCUCAACUGCACUAACAAAAUCGUCUUGAACAUGGCAGUUCCUAGUGGCUCUAGCGGAGGAGAAGCGUCGAUUGUGGCGGAGAUAGUGGAGGUCGAGGAGGAGAAUACAACGAGCAUUCAAAAAACAUUGAGAAUACCGCCGGUUAUAACUGUCAAUAAAUCUGCAGCUUAUGCCUUAUAUGAGCUUUCUUAUAUACGUGAUGUUGCUUAUAAACCUGAAGAAUACUAUGUUAAGACACGAAAAUGUGAGCCAGAUGCUGGUGCUGAUGUUGUGCAUAUGUGCGAGAGGCUGCGGGAUGAAAAUGGUCACAUCAUUGAGCAUACAGAGCCCACCUGCUGUCCUUGUGGACCCCAAAGGCGAGUACCUUCAUCAUGUGGAAACUUUUUUGACAAAAUGAUGAAAGGAAAGGCCAAUACUGCACACUGUGUCAGAUUUCCAGGUGAUUGGUUCCAUGUUUUUGGUAUUGGGCAGAGAUCAAUUGGAUUUAGUGUUCGAGUUGAGAUGAAGACAAGAUAUAAAGUUUCGGAAGUGAUAGUGGGCCCUGAAAAUAGAACAGCAACCUCAAAGGAUAAUUUUCUGAGGGUUAAUCUUAUUGGAGAUUUUGUUGGUUAUUCAAGUCUUCCUUCAUUUGAAGACUUCUACCUUGUCAUUCCAAGACAGGGUGAGCCUGGUCAACCACAAGAUCUUGGGAGGAAUUAUUCAACGUGGAUGUUGCUUGAGAGAGUCAGAUUUUCCCUAGAUGGAUUUGAAUGCAACAAAAUUGGUGUCAGCUAUGAGGCUUUCAAUGAGCAGCCGAGUUUUUGUGCUUCACCAUUCUGGAGUUGUUUGCAUAAUCAGUUGUGGAAUUACCGAGAUGCUGAUAAGAAUCGAAUCGAGAGGAAGCAAUUACCAUUAUAUGGUGUGGAAGGAAGGUUUGAAAGGAUAAAUCAGCAUCCAAAUGGAGGGACUCAUUCAUUCUCUAUAGGAAUCACUGAAGUUCUUAAUACAAAUCUUAUGGUAGAGCUUAGGGCUGAUGACAUUGAAUUUGUGUACCAAAGGAGCCCUGGGAAAAUCUUGAAUGUCGUUAUCCCAACAUUUGAGGCCCUUACUCAGUUUGGAGUUGCUACAAUUACCACAAAGAAUACUGGGGACGUGGAAGCAUCAUACAGUUUAACGUUUGACUGCUCAAGAGGCGUCUCUAUUAUGGAGGAGCAAUUCUUCAUUAUGAAGCCUAAUGAAAUUGCAACCCGAUCAUUCAAGGUCUAUCCAACCACUGAUCAAGCUGCUAAAUAUGUAUGUGCAGCUAUACUUAAGGAUUCUAAUUUCAAUGAAGUUGACAGAGCUGAGUGCCAAUUUUCUACCACGGCUACUAUUAUUAACAAUGGAUCACAGAUUACUCCCUUUGAACCUCCAAAGAGUAUCAAUGGCUUUUUAGAAUCGAUUGAAAGCAUUUGGAAUAAACUGUGGAAAGGUUUGGCUGACUUCAUCACUGGAAGAACUUGCAGAAGGAAAUGCAGUAGUUUCUUUGAUUUCAGUUGCCACAUACAGUAUAUAUGUAUGGGUUGGAUGGUGAUGUUUGGUCUUCUUUUGGCCAUCUUUCCAAUAGUGCUUGUUCUACUGUGGCUUUUACACCAGAAAGGUUUCUUUGAUCCUUUUUAUGAUUGGUGGGACGAUCACGUUUGGGCUGAUAAACAGAGACAUAGAUAUGCACGACACAAUGUUGAUAUCCACCAUCACCACGUUCAUGUUAAGAGACAUCAUGAGUUGGAAGCAAGGCACCACAAGCAUGAUGGUCACCAUAAGCGAAGAGGCACUCAUCGUGAGCACAGGCAUAACCAUUCAGGAGGGGAUACUGAAUAUAAUUAUUAUCUACACCAUGUUCAUAAGGACAAAGGUAAACACAGGAGUGAUAGGAAAUCAAGAAUCAAGCAUCAUGUCUAUGUGGAUGGGAUGGAGAAUGAUAAUAAUAGGCACCAUAGACGAUCCAAAGGAGAAGACCAUUCAAGAACUAUUUAGAUAAUCUAUUGUGGUGAGCCAAGAUGAAAUUACCGAGUGCAUGGAUGGACUACUUGAUGAUUUAAAGCUUAAGCUGUUAGCGAAGUGUAGGAUAGUGGAUUGAUAUAUUGUAGCUAGUUCAUGGUGACUCAUAAAAGUUUGUCUCUGAUUUCCUCUGUGUCUCUCCAUGGGAGGUAGGAUUCGUAUAAAUGAGAAAUGAGAGCAAAUGGAGAGAAAGUUUGAUUACUCUUUGUUGUAAAUACCAAGAAUUUAACUUAAACAUGACAGUAAUAGUUACAAGUAAAUUUUCGAUG